AGGAAACAUUCUAUAACUUUGACAAUAAGUUUUAAAAGUUGACUUCUGUCUUCUAAUCGAAUUUAUUUUAUAACUUCAUAUACAGAAAUUUAAUCCUAAUAUACAUGUAUAUGUAGUGAAAUAAAUAAAAUAGUUCGGUGAGAUGACUGCUACGGCAUCAGCAACUACUGCAACCAUUGAUGAAGAUUUAGAUGAGUGUGGACCACAGCUGAUAAAUAAAUUAGAGGGGAAUGGAAUUACAUCAGGCGAUAUUAAGAAGUUGGAAGAGGCAGGAUAUCACACUGUUGAAUCGGUAGCAUACGCUCCAAAAAAAUGGCUUAUAACAAUAAAAGGAAUUUCCGAAGCGAAAGCAGACAAAAUAUUGACGGAAGCUUCGAAAUUAGUACCAAUGGGAUUCACCACAGCGACAGAGUUUCAUCAAAAAAGAGCUGAAAUAAUCCAGCUAACAACUGGAUCUAAGGAAUUGGACAGGCUGCUUGGAGGUGGCAUUGAAACAGGAUCAAUUACAGAAAUAUUUGGGGAGUUUCGAACAGGGAAAACUCAGCUUUGUCACACACUUGCAGUAACAUGCCAGUUGCCAAUAGAACAGUCUGGAGGUGAAGGUAAAUGUAUGUACAUAGACACAGAAGGAACUUUUCGUCCUGAGCGACUGCUGGCAGUAGCUCAGAGAUAUGGUAUGGAAGGAGCUGCUGUACUUGACAAUGUGGCUUACGCCCGAGCGUAUAACACAGACCAUCAAACACAAUUAUUAGUUCAAGCUUGUGCAAUGAUGGCUGAAUCUCGAUAUUCUUUGUUAAUAGUGGACAGUGCAACGGCCUUAUAUAGAACAGACUACUCGGGUAGAGGGGAACUCAACUCGAGACAACUGCACCUCGGGAGAUUUAUGAGAAUGCUUCUGAGGCUUGCCGAUGAGUUUGGAGUAGCAGUAAUAAUAACAAACCAAGUGGUGGCUCAAGUGGACUCAGUGGGCGUGUUCAACGCGGACACUAAGAAGCCGAUCGGAGGUCACAUCAUUGCGCAUGCGUCCACCACGCGACUGUACCUGCGCAAGGGACGCGGAGACAAUCGAGUCUGCAAGAUAUACGACAGCCCCUGUCUGCCGGAGACCGAAGCCAUGUUCGCCAUCAGUACCGAGGGCAUCACUGACGCUAAAGAAUAGGAGUAUUACUAGUUAUUAUUGUUACUAUACAAAAUAUAGUCCCACUAAACCAUUUAGUAAGGCUUUGAGCAAGCCCAUAGUUACUACUCAUCAGAUCUAUCACCAAACACCAAUACUUAUUUGAAUGUUCUGGUUUAAAGGGUGAGUGAGCCAGUGUAGCAACACGAAUAAGGAACAUAACACCUUAGCUCUCAAGGUUGGUAGUUAUCAUUUAAAAAAUAUAUCAAAUUUUCCUAUCAAAGUGAUCAUUGAUGUAACUUUUAAAAAAUAUUUUAUGAAAAUGACUUAACCAGAACAUCCCUUUAAAAAACGUAAAUUUCUACGAAAUUAUUUCUUUCGUCAAUAAUAGUUGAUCAUGUCUAGCCGUAAUUUAACAUUUUUUUUUUUUUAUAUAAACAUCUGUGUAUCGAUAUUUAAUAAUUAAAAACCCACAUGAAUGUCGCCCAGUGAUGUGAUCUUAGAGUAAAUUCCGAAUCCUUAUUCCGUAAAUUCGUUUAUAAAUGAAAAAAUUACACAAGACUUAAAUAUUUCUCUUUCUUUGUCUGAGCUUUGAAAAUUAGAUACACUUACUUCCGAUUCAGCUAUUUUUUAACUAAUAUGAAUUGUACGAUAUAUAAGUAUAAUGAAUACUGUCUCACACAGUUAACAGUGACGCGUAAUUUAUUAGAUCUGAAUAAUACUGAAAACCCUAUGUAUAUACACAUAACAUUAAAUUAUAAAUUAUAAAUGGCAUCUUUUCGAAAUCAUCUUAAUUUUAUAAAACUAGUGAAUAGUAAAUUCUGAUGUAAAUUUACAAUCGAUAUUCGGCUUCGAGUGAUAAUUGUUUUAUUUCACCAAACUUCUAUUCUAUGUAAUAGUCAUAACAAGAAAAUUAGAUUAAAUUGUAAAUUUAAAUAAUUUUAAGUUUUAUGUA